GGCCUGCCCGCGUCCUGCCGGCCUCGACCCUCGAGCCUAGAGCCAUGGCCCUGCCGCUGCUGCCGGGCUACUGCUUCAACCGUAAUGUGGGAAAGGAGAAGUUCCAUAAAUCCCAGCACUUCGGCAUUUCCAACAGCGUGAGGAUGCUGCUGAGCGAGGAGAAGCCCGGAAUUGGUGGAGAACCGCUUCCCGGGCAGAAGGUGAAGACUAAAUACAGCAUCUAUCCGAAAGGAGAAGGAAGUGAAGGACCCUCCUGGCUGGUUUUUAAUAGACAGGUAUUACGUUUUGAUGCCUAUGUGGAAGAUGAGCUGCUUGAUAAAAACCAAGAGUUAUACAGAAUAAGGUAUUAUAAGAUCUACUUCUACCCAGAGGAUGACACAAUUGAAGUAAAUGAACCAGAAGUGGGUAACAGCGCACUUCCUCAAGGGACUAAUAUUCGACGUCAUCGAAUUGCUCUCCCUCCACCUAAUGAUGAUCGGUUUUAUACUGUGUAUGAUUUCAAUAUCAACAUUGACAUCGUCUUCUAUGGCCGGACAUUCAAGAUUUAUGAUUGUGAUAAAUUCACAAAAAACUUUCUGAAAAAAAUAGGAAUCAAAUUAAAUCCUCCAGGACAUCGUCCAGAAGAUCCCUACAUAAAGAUGCGGAAAGAAAAGCUGGAGAACAUGAAUCCCCGUCGUCCCUACGAAUCCUUUGAUACCCUGAAGCAGUUCUUGCAGUAUGAGGGCAAAGUGCUGCGUUUCUUCUGCAUGUGGGAUGACACAGACUCCCUGUUUGGGGAUCACAGAGAACUUGUCCUGCAUUACUUCCUGGCUGAUGAUACUGUUGAGAUCAGAGAAAUACUGCCCGACAACUCGGGCCGGGACGCUAAGACGUUCUUCCUCCGGAGGAGUAAGCUGCCCAAGUAUGGCCCACCUGGACUGCAUCAACCGGGCCAGAUAACGAAUCAUUCCGUUCUCAACGUGUUUGGUAGCUUGCACAGCAGGAAGAAGUGUGGCUACGUGUUGGAUAGGUACAAGUUGGGAAAAAUAAACCAAGAAUUUUACAAAGAUAGUGACCUGACUGUAGGAGCCACCAUCGAUGUUUGGGGAAGGAAGGUGCGCCUGUGUGACUGUGACGACUUUACAAAGUGUUACUACAAGACCAAGUAUGGAAUCGAGAACUUCACCCCUGUUUCGUGCAAGCCACCUCCUCCUCCAAAAAUAGAAAGGAAAUUUCCACCUUACACAGGCUUUGGGUCUGAGGAGGAUUCUCUCCGUUCCUGCCUAACCCUCAAGCCUGUACCUUACCUGAAGAAGAUGCUGAAAGAAGACAGCUAUGGCAACAUAGGUAAUAUACUCCGUUUCUUUGCAAGACUAAUCAGACACGAAUGUGUUGAUGCAGACAGGAUGUUCGUUAUUUCGUAUUUUCUCAAUGAUGGCACACUUUCAGUGUUUGAGCCCAUAGAGAGGAAUUCAGGGUACAGUGGUGGGCUGUUCCUCAAAAGAAGCCGUGUGAAGAGGUUUGGCCAAGAAGUCUUUAAAAGUGAGUUCUCGGAAUAUAUCAAGGUUGAGGAGCUGUAUGUUGGAGCCAAAGUGAAUGUGAACGGGUACCUCUUUGUUUUGCUCAAUGCCGAUGAGUUCACCUUAGAAUACAUGGAGAAGAACGUCGACAAGUUCCCAUAUAGCAACAUUGAACUUGCCCUGCAGAAGCUGAAAGAAGAAAAGGCAAAAUCGAGAGAGAUCAAGCAGGUGUUUGCGGCUGCUGACUGCAAACACACGAAGAUGGUGCAUUUUAAUACAUUCAGAAAUCUGUUACUGGAUAUAACUGUUGAUAGGCUGAUAGAACAGGAGAUUUUUACCAUUGCGCGUUGCUACCGUGUACCCGAAGAGGUGUGUACCGACGUGAACGUCUUAGUUACGCGGGCCCAGGAAAAGCUCAGGAGAGACAUAUUUGAGCAUUUCGACAAAGCCAUUUCUACCUGUGUGUAUGAAGAUCGAGAAAAAAAAAAUGUAUUACCCAAUAGUGAGAUCAAAAGGGUGUGCAAGACCCACAGAUUUCCUUUCAGUGAUGAUUUUCUAGACACCUUAUUGUCCAGGUUUGAAGAUAGUGAAGGACAAAUAGAUUAUAAGUCAUUUUUCAAUGCCCUGAACUGGAGAACGAAUCGAAUGCCGGAUUUGCAAGCCCCAGAUUACCUUAAAGAGAUAUGUGAAGAUGUUUGGUUCGGGAUGCCAUCCCCUCUUCCUGUGAAAUUCGUGCGAUACUUAGACCUUCUGAAGGACGUGUAUGGCUUAGACCAUGACUAAUCAGGACAGUUUUGGUCAGCUUGCUUUGACUGCUCUACUUUUGCCAAGUUUAUUUUAGUAGACAUAAUUUCAUUAAAAUAAAAAAAGGAGUUUGAUAUCAAAUGGAAAUCCAUAAACCACAAUUAAUUCUCUUUUGUCAUUUUAGUUUUUCAGAACAUCAUACUAUGUUGCUGAU